AUGGGAUCAAAACCUUUUUCUUGUAUGGGCUGUGAUUGACAAAGCCCUUCAAAAUUAUCGUUAAACUCAAGUGCAAGCCAGUUCCCCCAGUCAGCUUCACAGACUCUAUUUGCAGCUUCUAUGGCAUCGAAUAGUCAAUUUGACCUAAAUGAAGUGUUUGGGAAUUCUGAAAGUGAGGGAGAACUUCACUUCCCUGAGCUCCCGCUGCCACCGUUAUCAGAAGAAGAAACACCUGAGCCUUCCACCCAAAGAAUUCGUCCAAUAGAAAAAGAAGCAAAGCCACUUUCAGAUUCUGCUUAUGAGCCUGAUUUAUUUUCUCAAGAAAUUAAUCAAAUUCUUAAAGGCAAGCUUACAGCUUCUGAUCUAGAAACAAGCAGCAUUACAUGAAAAUGCUAUGACUCUGACACUAAAUUUUCAUAUCCAGGAGAAUUUUCUAUUAUAUAGUGCGUACCUCGUUAUAGAUCUUUAAGAAAAAUUACUUUUAAAAGAAAACUGAUUUAAAAUUCUGAACAGUCAAAGUUAAAUAUAAUAUUUUAUCUUAUAUCUCCAAUUUUUAUUUUGCUUUCAAGAUAUUUUGAAAUGCUAAAAGAAUUUUCUUAAAAGAUAUUUUUCCUCAGAAAUCAAUAAGAAGUCAGGCUCCAUACCAAUUGAAGAAUUAUUGGAAAGAGCUGAAAGCAGAUUAACCACUUAUUCAGCUGAAAAUAUAGAGAUAAGCAAUAUGAGAAAAAUUCAAAGAAAAGGGUCACUUGUGGAGUACAGACACAAAGGUGGGAAAAAUAUAGUAGAAGAUGUAAGAUCACAGACACUUGGCAACGAAGGCUUAAGGAAGCAAGCUAGGACUUCGAGUAAUAUUGAAAGGAAAGUUCCUUUGAUAAACCUGUCUUUGAUAGAUACAUUAGGUAACAGAAAGCAAAAGAAAAGUCAGACGGUGAUCAUGCAUGGUAAUAAAAAAAGAGUUGCAGCAGUACAGAAAAGAUAA